AGCGAAUAUCCACAAGGAUAUUGUUCUCCUGUCGGAUUUUGAUGCGGUGCGACUGACAUGCACCGUCUCAGCGCUCAACGGCUCCGGUUACUGUGAAGAUCACGUACAAUACAUGUCACUGCGUCUGCCAGUAAAGGAGAAAUAUUCCAAGAAUAUCUGACAAAUUCAGUUGCGCUGAACAAGACAAUGUCUGACAAGUCCAAGAACCAAACCUCAGACCUUCCUGAUGCACACAGAGGGUAUCUAGAGGAAAACCCAGGCACUGCGCUAUUAAAUGUGAAGGAAGAAGAUGAGACAGAUGACAUGAAUAGUCAUCAGACUGAACUACAUUGGUCCCUCCCUGCUGGUAGUCUAGAGGAAACCCAGGGCACAGGGCUAUUAAAGGUGAAGGAAGAAGAUGAGACAGAUGACAUGAAUUGGUCCCUCCCUGCCGUCGAAGACAACUCUGAUAUAGUGAAAGUUGAGAUAACAGAAGAUCUGUGUAGGACGAUGGAAAACCCAGAUGAGGAAACCAGUGACAGUAUCAGUUCAUAUGACUCAGCGGAUGAGCAUGUAGGAGAACCAUAUGUCUGUGAUCAGGUGAAGAUUGAGGAGGAUGAAGUUCCUAUAAAUACGGCUACAGGCCAUAUGGAUGUGACGCCUUCAGAUGGCUCAGCGGUUGAGCACGAAGGAGAACCGUAUGUGUGUGUUCAGAUGAAAAUUGAGGAGGAUGAAGUUCCUAUAAAUACGGCUACAGGUAAAUUCACAAACCGCAAUAAUCCAAGAUAUGGUCAGAGUGCAGAUGCUUCUUUAAAAUGUCUUCAAAAUCAAAGAAGCCAUGUGGGAAAUAUAUGUUCUGAAUGUGGGAAAUGUUUUCUCACGAAAACACAUCUUUAUAGACACCUGAAAAUUCAUACAGGAGAAAAUCCAUUUUCCUGUUCUGUCUGUGGGAAAUGUUUUAACCGUAAAGAACAUCUUGUUACGCAUCAGAUAAUUCAUUCAGGAGAAAAGCCAUUUUCCUGUUUUGAAUGUGGGAAAUGUUUUAAUCGUAAAGAAAAUCUUGUUGCUCAUCAGAAAAUUCAUACAGAAGAAAAAGAAUGUUCAUGUUCUGUAUGUGGGAAAUGUUUUAAUUUGAAAUCUCAUCUUAUUGACCAUCAGAAAAUUCAUACAAGUGAGAAAGGAUUUGUAUGUUCUGACUGUGGGAAAUGUUUUACUCUGAAAUCAUCUCUUAUUAGGCAUCAGAAAACUCAUACAGGGGAGAAAGCAUUUUCAUGUUCUGACUGUGGGAAAUGUUUUACUCUUAAAAUAACUCUUAUUAGGCAUCAGAAAAUCCAUACAGGGGAGAAAGAAUUUUCGUGUUCUGAAUGUGAGAAAUGUUUUACUCAGAAAUCAACUCUUAUUAGGCAUCAGAAAACUCAUACAGGAGAGAAAGCAUUUUCAUGUUCUGACUGUGGGAAAUGUUUUACUCUAAAAUCAACUCUUAUUACGCAUCAGAAAACUCAUACAGGGGAGAAAGCAUUUUCAUGUUUUGACUGUGGGAAAUGUUUUACUCUGAAAUCAACUCUUAUUAACCAUCAGAAAAUUCAUACAGGAGAGAAAGGAUUUUCAUGUUCUAAAUGUGAGAAAUGUUUUACUCAGAAAUCGGGUCUUAUUAGUCAUCAAAAAACUCAUACUAAAGGGAAUAAAGGAAAUUAGAUCUUAAAGGGGCAGUCUACUCCAGAAUUUGUAUUGUUUAAAAAGAUUAUCCCUUUAUUACUCAUUCCCCAAUUUUGAAUAACCAACACUGUUCUUUUAAUAUACUUUUUACCUCUGUGAUUAACUUUUAUCUAAGCCUCUGCAGACUGCCCGCUUAUUUUAGUUCUUUUGACAGACUUUCAUUUUAGCCAAUCAGUGCUGACUCCACGAGAGUAAGCACAAUGUUAUCUAAAUGGCACACAUGAAUUACUGUUAAAAACUGUCAAACUGCACUGAGAUAAGAGGUAGCCUUCAAAGGCUUAGAAAUCGGCCUAUUAGCCUACCUAUGUAUAGCUUUCAACAAAGAAUACCAAGAGAACAAAGCAAAUUUAAUGAUAAAAAUAAAUUAAAAAGUGGUAUAAAAUUCCAUGCCUUAUCUGAAUUAUGAAAGUUUAAUUUUACCUAGACUGUCCUUUUAACCUCAAAAGUGCAGAGGUGACACUUCGUUGUCACCCACACAAUACUUAGUGCUGAUGAUAACUAUAUAUGAUAACCUGGGGCACACAUUUUUUAAGCUGUUUGAGGAGACAGCAUUUACCUAGCUGGCAUUUAAAUUGACCAGAUGUAUAGAGUAAGCCUCUAAAUGCAUUAUGUUGAAAUGUAACAAAUAUACAUUUUAUUUUUCCUUUUGAAGUUCAAUUGCUAAUUUCUAUAGAUAGGAACAGUAUUAUUUUCCAUUUAUGCUUAUUUUACAAAGGUUACAUAAUACAACUAUAGAGUUUAAAAAAAAUGUCACACUGUAAUGUUUACAACCUUGUUUGUUAAAACUGUAAUACAAUAUGCAUUUGUUUACCUUUUCUUGUACAUUUCUCACAUAGGAUAUAGAUAAAAUAAUGUAUAGUUUGAA